CCGCCGUGAGUUAAAAUGAGUUGGCGAGUAUUUCUAUCCUUCUCUAAAAUUCGAGCUACUCGAAUGAGUUGAGACUUGGUCGCACAGCGCACACACCUCUCGAAAUUCCUCUUGAUUCCGCCGUUAUUUCGCAUUGAACAAUGGACGCUGCAACAUCGUGUGUAGGGUUACGAGCCAGUUCAGUUAAAAAGAUCAACAGCGUAGUAGUAUAAACGGGAGAGAGAAUUAAGUAUAUGAUAAAUGUUUGUGCGAUAACAGUGAUAUUGAUUAAGAAUUAUAUAAAUAAUAAAAACAUAAAAUACCAUCGAAUAUUUAUCCGAGAAGUAAGUUUGCACCGUGUUGGUGUAUUCAAUAUAGCUUAUUAAAAGAAAAAAAAAAAAAGAUAGAUUUUAUUGUCGAAUGAAAGACCUACAUAUUUACGAAAGUACUGCUGCGUGGCUUAGUUACGUUGCGGAAUAUUAAUGAAUAGCUGCGACUAGCGAGAGUUUCCAGUGGCUAAUGCAGUAAGUAAAUCGUGUACAACUACGGCAAAAAAAUGACGAACAUUAAUCAACCGAGAGAACGCAUAAAUUUUUUUGUAACACAUGUACGCACCAAUGGCCCGUGGUUACAAAUUUGUGGACAAAUGGAUCGCAACAAUGCACGUGAAGUGGAAAGGUUGAUAUCGAUUCUUAAAGAUGGUUUUGAUCGAGGAAUCGGUAAAACUACUACACAAAAUAUCCAUUCCAGCAUAUGCUGUGCUUAUCAUGAAGAUAAUUAUUACCGUGCAAAAAUAAUUAAAGUUGAAUCCGAUGUAAAAAUUUAUGUCGAAUUUGUCGAUUAUGGUAACAGUGAAUACGUUCACAUAUCGCAAAUACGAUUACUUGAAACAACAAAUGAAGGUUUGAAACUACAAUCUAUUCCGUCAUUAAUGAUAGAAUUUCCUUUAACGACAGUUAUGCCUAUUAAUAAUAUGUGGAGUCGGGCUAUUAUUGACGUUAUUAAUAAUUUGUUGAGAUAUCAUGAGUUUCCGGUUGAAAUAUUUGAUUAUGGUAAUCAACAAAAAUUUACAUUAUACUACAAUGGACGAGAUUUUGCUGAGUAUUUGGUAACUAGUCAAAUGGCUUUGAUGACGCCGACAGCUCAUGAGAUCAGGCCUACCAAGGACAUUCAAAUGAUUAGACAGCAGCACCAACUUCAGCAGCAGCAGCAACAACAACAUCAACAACAUCAACAAUCUCAAUAUCAUCAACCACAACUUCAACAACCUCAAGUUCAGCAACCCCAACUUCAACCACCAUCACUUCAUUUAGCAAAUCCGAUGUAUCGGCCAGGACCAGCACCUACACCAGUGCCUUGUGAAUCUCAUGGAGUGAAUAUGACUAUCAACGAUAAUUUUCAAAUGAAAUUACGACAGCCACGGUCAAUUCCAUCUAACAAACCUCUUCAAGAAAAUUGGCGACGACCUUAUCCAUCUACUGUUCAACAAAUGAGACCACCAACAUCAAUUUCACCUCGCUCACAAGAUUCAGCUGCCUUCAAAUCACGUAAUUUAGAACGUGAUACGAGACAUCAAGUGCUUGUAUCAGAUGUCGAAGAUGGUCCCCUUAAAUUUAAUGUCCAGUUACAGAGUUGUGCUCAAGAACUUGAUACUUUGUCGAGAAAUAUAAAUAGUAUUCCGCUGAAACCGCUAUCAGAACCACCAAUUCACGGUGCUGCAUGUCUUGCACUUAAUUCCAAGACCAACCGAAUACGUCGUGCUGUUGUUUCGACUGUUAUCAACACAUAUAAAGUUAAGGUAUGGUACUGUGAUUAUGGCGACCAAGAAAUUUUACCACAUUCUAGUAUUUAUGAAAUACCACCAAAUUACUCGAAUCCACAAGCGUUGUCAGUAAUAUUUACAUUGAGUGGCGUACGUGAGUUAAAUGUUACACCAGAAAUGAAACAAUAUUUCAAGGAUUUGGUGCUCGGCAAGACUUUAACCUUAGUCGUGAUGCCUCGUGAAGAUUCACCAUUGAUGCACUACGGAAAUUUAUUUAUUGAUGACAAGAAUGUUUUGGAAAUGAUAUUAGAGGCUUUUCCAGACUCUACAAUAAAGUUUCUUGAAGCUCCUUAUUUGACAUCUGGCACCCGUGAAAAUGUUCAAGUAUCUUACGUCGAUUCGUGUAGUAAAUUUUUUGUACAAUUGAACAAAAAUGUAUUGGAUAUGGAAUCUUUAGCAAAUUCUUUGACAGAAUGUGUUAAAAUAGCACCGCCGAUUAAAACAGCGAACAUAAAAGUAGGAUUAAAAUGUCUAGCUCAUAGUAGCGCUGAUUCUGAAUGGUAUCGAGCGGAAGUUAUAAAAGUUGUCGAUAAUUACGUUACAGUCCAUUACGUUGAUUAUGGCAAUGAUGAAACGAUUCCAUGUAAUGCUAUUCGUUCAAUUCGCAGUGAAGAACUCACGAAGAUACCAAUUCAAGCCUUACAGUGUAUCCUUAAUGGCUUCGAGUUCGUACCUUACAAUCCAGAAGUUGAUGAUAAAUUUGAGGCCUACGUUUUGGAUAAACCUCUGGUGAUGGCUGUCUUGGAUGUUAAACCGUCAGGACUUAUAGUCGAUCUUUAUGACUCCAACGUUAAACCGAUUGCAAAUAUAUCGGCUAAACUGAGAAAUGGUACUUUGGAAGUACCCACUUCAGCACCAGUUAGUCAACCUCAAUCCGCAAGCACAGGUUCAACUCACUAUCAAGAUGAUAUCAGUGAUACUUCAAAGAGAAGUUUCCGCGAAAAAAGGUCUGACAUGAAAACUCAGCUGUUUUCAUCAAUCCAUCAACAUACAGCCAAAGCGAAAAGUACUAAAAAUGCACGCGAAGAAAACGACAGCAGUACAUCCAAGAAUCAUAACGACUCUUACCCACAGUCACACGAGAAUUCUUCAUUCGAAAAUACUCGAGCUAAGAAUUGGAAAAAUGCUGAAAAUGAAGACAAACGCUACAACAGUCGUGAACCAAAGUCAACAAGUCGUGACUGGUCAGGCCAUUGUGAUAGAAGCAAUAGAGAUUAUUCACGAAACGAUCGAUCUGCUCCACGCUAUGAUAGAAACGAUAUCAACGAUAGGUUUGAUAAUGACAACAACAUGAAUGGCCGUCGAGAUCGUAGUAGUGGACGUGGACGUAUAAGCUCGGGUAGUCGAGACAGAUUCGAUCGUAAUAAUGCAGGAGACACCUCAUGGAGUGAUAAAGAUUCAAAUGCAUCGUCACGAGGGAGUGGUAGACGUGGCAGACGACCAGAUAGAGGUGGACCACGUGGAGGGUCAUCCCAGAGCAGAGGUCCAGGAAGAGGCAGCAGCAUCAACGGCGGAAUAACUGGAGCUCGUCGAGACAGACCACGAAGUACUAGCAACGACAACGAGAAUGAUUUCGAACGAAAUCUCAAACCCAACAAUCGAUCUAAUGAUUUUAAUAAUUACACUUCAUCCGACAAUACACGAUUCAAGCAAAAUAAUCAAAGAUACAAUGAUCAGCGCAAUGACCGAAAUAAAAAGAGUGAAAUUGAUGUUUGGGAUCCGGUAACUACAGUUACUAGUACUGACGAGUGUUCACCAGCUGCAUAUUCCUCGUCAUUAUUAUCAUCAUCAUCACUGGCAUCAUCAUCAAUAGUUCAAAUUACCCCACCUAAUAUUACUCUUGGUGCUAUAAAACAUUGUGAAAUUGUAUUUAUAACUAGUCCUACAGAUUUUCACGUGCAACUAAGACCUGAUAAUUUAGAAUUAGAUCCUGUUAUGAAUAGAAUCGCACAAAUUUAUGAGACUGGGGGUAAUAAUUUGUCUGAGGCGAAUGCCAAAGUUGGUACGAGUUGUGUUGCUCAGUACUCAGAAGAUUUAAAAUGGUAUCGUGCUGUAAUUCAAUCAAUUGAACCAUUUGGAGUUACCGUAAGAUUCGUAGAUUACGGAAAUGUUGAAUCUGUGACCUAUGAUAAGAUAAAAGAACUUGACGCUGAACUUGCUAAAUUACCAGUUCAAGCUAUCAACUGUAAACUGCUCGCCGCAUCAAAAACCGUAUGGGACACCAACGAAAUUAACGAAUUUACUUCACUUGUAGAGUUGACGUCACUUGAAGCUGAAUUUGUUGCUGAAGAAAAUAAUGUUUAUGAAGUUCUCGUCCGUGAAGUUGUCGAUAAUGAAACUUUUGGGCCGUAUUUAAAUGAGCGAUUUUCCAAUGGUGCUGAUUUAAUGCAAGCCAAAGAAGUUGCUAAAAAUAAAAAUCGAUCUAGUCGCGAUGGAAAAUUAAUUACUCACGCAGCAACAGAUAACUACGCACCGUUAGAACAAACAUGGAUUGAACCUCGUAUAAAUUUACCAAUGGAAGAAGGUGUUAUUGUCACAUGGCUAAUUGACCCAGAUAAUUUUUACUGUCAACUUCUUGGUAGGUCAAAAGAUUUCCGAUCAAUGAUGAAUGAAAUGCAAAAGAUCUACUCUAAACGACAGCCUGCUCGAGAUAAGAUUGCUGUUGGUUCGACAGUCAUAGCUGUUUUCGCUGAUGAUGGGGCAUUUUAUCGAGCUGAAGUUCUUCAAGUUAUGUCUGAUAUUUUUGUUGUUCGCUACGUUGACUUUGGAAAUACAGCUAUAGUGAAAUCAUCCGAGAUCUAUCGUGUUGAUAAAAAAUUCAUGGAUUUACCGAAGCAAGCUGUAUGCUGUAGCUUGAAAAACGUUAUACCUCCAGGAAGUGGCUGGUCAAAAUCAAUCCAUGAUGACAUCGAUCGUCUCUUUAAUGUUGAAAAUCUUCGAUGCAAAUUUCUGCAAGAAAGUAAUAACAAAUACUUGGUUUCCUUGACACACGACGGUCAAGAUUUGGCUGAUAUCUUGGUGCAAAAAGGCUUGGCUGCUUCACCAAAUUCUCAUGCUGUCGUGGAUUUCAUUAAUUUGGAAACUAUUGAUGAAGUAGAAGCAGAAGAGAAUGUCGAUAGCAAUCAUCAUUUGUCACAAAUAGACAUAAGCUAUUUACGUGGACAGAUCUUACGAGUUAAAAUAUCAAAAGUCGAAAGUGUAAACAAAUUUUACAUACAAUUACCAUCUGCAGCAGCUAGUGAAAAAAUAAUUGAUAAUUAUAUGGCUAAUCAAGAUCAAAAGGUGAUGCCAAAACUGUUAUCAAAUGAGGUGUGCCUUGGAGCGGGUUGUCUUGUUCAUACAGAGAAAGGAUGGAGACGAGCUGUUGUCACAAAUUUUAUUACAAAAACGACAAAUUAUGACGUGAGGUUCAUUGAUACUGGAGAAAUCGAUGUGGUCCCACUGAAUUGUAUGUUGGCGUUGUCAGGAGAACUUUCUAUCAUGCAAAAACAGGCUGUUGAAUGCAGUUUAGCUAAUGCUGUUUCCUCUUCAGCUGACAAUACUUUCAGGAAUCUAGUUGAGAAUAAAGAAGUUAUUAUUCGUGUCAAUGAAGUUAAUUAUAACCGUCUUGUUGUAGACGUAUUUGACGAAAGCGGUAAGAAGAUAAAACUUCAAAAUGAAGCAGAUGAAAGUAUCAGUCCCAUAUGCCCUAUGCCAAUAUUUUUCCACCAACAUCAAGUUGCUGUUUCGCAUGUAAAUAACUCGAAAAGUAUUUGGCUGAAACGAGAUGCUGAUCAAGAUACUGACGCAGCUCUUCUCAAUGAACUUUUUGAGUACUACUCUACGUCUGGACAACAAUUGGAUAUUGAAAUCAACAAGUUCUGUGCAGCUCAAUGUUCCGAUGGUAAUUGGUACCGUGCAAAAAUCGUUACUAAAACGGGCUCGGGAGCAGUUGUGCUUUACAUCGACUAUGGUAAUACUGAAGAAGUUUCUUUGGAUAAAUUAAAAGAAUUAGAACGAAAUUUCUUUAAGCAUUCUCAACUGGCAAUUGAAGUAAGACUGACCUUUAAUCUCGGAGGUGGAACGAAAGAGCAAGAAAUUCUUAAUACUUACGUAUUGAACCAGUCAUUCAACGCAACACUGCGAUUAAAUGCUAAUAAUGACUGGGUUGCGUCAUUAAAUUUGAAAUCAGGCCAACCGCUGGAAGACCAAUUGCGUGAAUUAGGGCUCCUGGAACAUGGUGAGAGUCAAGCAAUAAAAGUAACCAAAGAAGCAAUGCUUCCAGUUAUUAAUGAACCAGAAGACUUAAUCAUUGGAGGUAAAUUUAAAGUUGUUGUUGCUCAUGUAGAAAACCCAACACAGUUUUGGAUUCAAAGAUUAAAUGAUUUGCCUGCUCUCGAACAACUCGAGAAAAAAUUACAAGACGAUGCUUUGAAUUAUCUACCAAUUGAAGGUGUUCCUGAAGAAAAUCUUAUUUGUGUAGCUCUUGACACUGCAAACUCUCUGUGGAACAGAGCAGAGGUUAUAGUAGCUGACACAGAAAUGGUUACAGUUCGCUACAUCGACUACGGAAACACGGAUGUGUUACUUGACAUGAGCAAAAUUAAACAGCUUCCAAAUUCAAUGAAGUCAAUAAAAUGGUAUGCUACAAAAUGCCGAUUGGAUCUAAUUCCAAUAGAUUGCGAAGAUUGGAGUGAAAGCGCUAUUAAUUAUUUUGCAGAUAAAACUGUAGAAAAUGAGAACUUAACUGCCAUUGUUAUAGCUGAUGGUAGUUCAAAGCGUAUUGAUCUUAUUGACGAUAACGGCAGUAUUACCAAAAUGCUAGUCAAUGAAAACUUAGCAAAACAGAUUCAAGCUCAUGAAGAUGUUAUCGAUGAAGUAGUUGAAAAUGUUCUCGAUCCACGAUCAGCUUUUAUCUGCCAUAUUAAUUCUCCUGGUGAAUUUUGGGUGCAAGAAGAAAAAUCAGUAGCUGAUUUAGAGCACAUCGCAGACCGUUUUCUCGUUGCUGAUAUGUUUCCUAAAGUUACUCAAGUUGUACCAGGAGAACUCUGUGUUGCCAAAUUUCCCGAUGACAAUUCUUGGUAUCGCGCACGAAUUAUUUCGCAUGGUUCAUCGGGAACAAAUGUCUUUUACAUUGAUUAUGGAAAUUCUGCGGUAUCAACUGAAAUUCGAGUAAUUCCAGAUGACGUAAAAAAUAUACCACCAUUAUCACGUAAAUCUUGUUUACCAUUACCACCAGGUAUCGAGAAAUGGUCUGAAGCAGCACGUGAGGAGUUCAUUAAGAUGGCUGAUGAUGGAGCAACAAUAUUUUUCCUGGAUGUUAUUGAAGAAGGAGAAACUUCUACAGUCAAGCUUACUCUUAAUGGUGAAAAUAUUGUUAACUCAUUAGAAAAAUUUUGUGAAAAAAAAAUUGCAACAGAAAGUUCAGCCGAAGCCAAUCCUGAAAUUGAUAAUUCUACUAAUAAAGUGUUUGUUAGUCACGUCAAUUCACCAUACGACUUCUACGUUCAAGAACAAAAACACAUAGCGGAUUUAGAUAUGAUGACUGAGCGAUUGACAACUGCUGACACGUUUUUGCAACUCGAUGAAAUUAAAGAAGAAGUUUUGUGUAUCGCUCAGUUUCCCGAAGAUUCUGCAUGGUAUCGAGCACGAGCAUUGUCACAUGGGAAUGAAGGCACACAAGUUAUCUACAUUGAUUAUGGAAAUACGGCAGUAACUACAGAGCUUCGAAAAAUUCCAGUUGAUUUAGAAUCACUACCACCUUUAUCGCGGCAUUGUCGUCUAGCUGCACCUGCAAAUGUUGAGUGGUCUUGUGAAGCUUAUCAAGAGUUUAUUAAGCUUGUCGAUGAUGGUAACAGUGAGUUCAUAAUGAUGAUAAAAGAUGAAACUGAUGAAAUAUCAACAGUUCAGCUUAUUUUCAAUGGCGAAGAUAUUACUGAAAAAUUAAAUCAGUAUUGUAAAAAACUAGUACCUGUGAUUGAAGAAAGACUGCCUCCACUAGGUGAAGAAACUUCUCUUAAUGUCAUGAUAAGUCAUGUUAUUUCGCCAUCCGAAUUUUGGAUACAAGCUGAAAAUAAAAUUUCAGAACUUGAACUGAUGGCCGAACGCCUAAAUGGUGCUGAGAAUUUCUCACCUUUGGAAGUGCCUAUCGGCGGAAUCAUUUGUGUUGCUAAAUUUCCAGAAGAUAGUUUGUGGUACCGCGCUAAAAUUCUAACUCAUCAUGAAUCUAUUAAUGAUAUAGAAGUAUCUUUUAUUGAUUACGGUAACUCGUCUUUAACAAGUGAGAUUCGUCAACUGCCAGAGGAGUUGGCUAAAAUUCCUCCUUUGUCGAAAUUUUGUUCAUUGAAGAUGCCAGACGAUGUUGAAUGUUGGUCUCUAGAAGCUUGCGAAAAGUUCAUUGAACUCGUAUCAGAUGGACAGACGAUGUUUGAGUACAAAGAACUCUACGGAAACGAUAUAACCUACGUCGAUCUUAAAUGUAACGGACAAGACGUUGUAGAAAUACUUGCUUCAUUAUGUUCAAAAAAGACAAGUUCAACUACUACUGUUGAUCAGAAAGUAAUUCCUGAAAAUAUUGAGUAUAAAAUCGAAAAACACUCAAUAUGUGAAAAUAUUAAAAUGGAAAAAGAAUUCAACUCACACACGUAUGAAAAAUAUUGUGAAAGUAAUUUUUCAAGUAAUACGUCUGGUGUUGAUGUGUUAACGAAUUCAGAUAAUUCACACGAUGGCAAUCCGUUUGAAAAAGUUGAAACUUCGGAAAUUGUUAAUAGUACAUUAAAACAAUCUGAUGCAACUGUUGAUGAUUCAUCAGCCGUCGGCGAUACUUUGAUCAUCAAUUCUAAUUGGAGAGCUACUGAAAACAUCGAUAAAGCUUCAGCCAGUGUUGAUGAAACUCUCCCUGAACAACAGACUGUAAUCGAAAUAACACGUAAUCUUUCAACAGAUAUAAGUUCAGAGAAAAUGAACAGAAAACUAUCAAUUUCUGAAAUCGAGACAUUACCUGUUGAACAAGCUGAAUUGACUACUGAGUCAAUUACUACUGAGUUAUCAAGCACUCAGAUUAAAACUUCUACUUUUGAUAUCACUCUGAAAGAGAGUUCAAAUAUUGAUACUAAAGAUGAAGUUACUAUGGUUGAUACUAAUGUAGAGACGUUUUUUGAAAAAGAAAAAACAGUCAGUUAUGAAAAAAAAAUUCUGGCAAACGAUGUUUCAAUUGUAGAACCAGAACCAAAAACUACCCCAGCUGAUAUAAAUACUGAUGACGUAAUUGAAAUCGAAGACUCUAUAAGUAUUGAAGAAAAAUUAACUCCGGUUGAAUUAAUUUUAGACGAAGAACAGAAUAUAAUUACUAUAGAAGAAGAAAUAUCUCCCCGCGAUAUCGUAGUUGAGGAGCAAGAUUCCAUUAUCAUUAUUGAAGACGAAAUCAGUCAUGCAGAAUCAUCAAAUGAACCAAUUAUCACAGAGAAAAAAAAGACGGUCACUGUAUCUGAUUGUUUCGUUGUUGACGAAAAUGAGAUAAGUGCUCAACAAGAAAUCAUAACUCCGGAUAGUUCAAUACCUCCGUCACCGAUUGGAGACAUGCCAAGGUAUGGACGACGUAAUUCAACGCCCCAUGAGGAGAAAAUAGUUCCGGGUAGCAUCAAUAAAGGUAUUGAGUUAACCACCGACGAAGAAACGAUUGAAGUCGAAACGAUUGAAAAAUCUUCGGUUUAAAAUUAUAUAGAUAAAAGUAAUCAGCAAUAUCUAUCAACAGUUAAUAAUUCUAUUUUACUAACAUUUUUCUUUAAGUUUUUUGUUUUUAUAAUUUUAAAAUGAAAUUAUUAAUUAUUAUAAUGUGCCACUUUAUGAUUUAUCCAAAGAUAUUGAAACUAUAUAAUAAGUUUUUUUUUUAUAUUUUUAUUACGUUAGUUUAAUUACUUUCAUUUAUUUAUUUUGUUCGUUAUAAAAAAAAAAGUGCCUGGAGCAAUUUAAGAAUACUAUGUUCAGUUAUUAAUCAAUAUGAAAUUAUCUUGAAAAUUAAAAAAAAAAAUAAAUUUCAACAGUUGAAAAUUAAAAAAAAAUAAUUUUUAUUAUGAUUAUAUUUUUUUUAUUUAUGUUAAUUUAAAUAUCUCUAUUUUGUUUGCUAUUAAUUAAUAAAAAAUGUAAUAGUAAUUUAUGCAAAAAUUAUUUUUCAUAUUAUGUAUUCGUGAUAUAAAUAAAGUGAAAAAAAUUUUGAAAAUUAUUAGAAAAUGUAAGCUUGAGAUAACUCAGAUAUGGUUCUAAAUGUUAAUUUCAAUGAUUAAUAUUUAAUUAUCAGAAUAAGGAAUAAAUAAAUAAAUUAUAGUUAUUUAAAAUUUAUAAAUUUCUAUUUAUUAAAUUUAAUAUAGAAAUAAGCUUUUUUUGAACUUCCGACUUUCAUUGUAUAUUUAAGCAGCUCAAAUUAAUUUUUAUAAUAAAAUGUUUAAUAAAAU